GAAAAUAAUCGUUUCAAAUUUAUCUACAAGAGAUUAAAAUUAAUUUCUUACCAAAAUAAAACAAACUCAACCCAUAUGAAAAGAUCGCCAUAAUUACAUAUUUUUUGAAUAAACCCAAAUAUUCCUCUGCAAAUUAUAAGAGAAAAAAAAAAGAGGAGAAACUUGUUGUAGCAGUUGAACUAGAAAAAAAAAGAGACAGAGCAACGAAUCCAACAUCACAAACACAACAAAACACAAUCUGUGUGUUGCUAUCUCAUUGGUCUUCUUCUUCUUCAAUCUUCUAUUCUUUAGCUUCUUGAUCCCAAAAAAUGGCUGUCUCUUCCCAAGAGUUUAGCUUUCCGUUGCUCGCUUCCCAAGACUCUUCCCACUUUGCCGGCGGCAUCGAUUCACCUCCACUGUGGAAACACUCGCCGGAUAAAUCCCGCCGGGGAGAUCACGACAGAGGUUUGGAGAAGGAAGUUGGUAACGAUCAGACGAAGAGCUUCUCUUACGUGGAGAGGAAAAGUCUUUGGAGCGAUAAAAAAGAGGAGAAAAUGGAUAUGUUGUGGGAAGUUCUCAACGAGGAGCUUCCGCAGAGAAGCCAGAGCCUUAGGAUCGAUCCCGGCGGAGGUGUCGGUGAGAAGAAAACGUCUUUGUUUCCCGACGACAGCUCCGCCGUGGUGGCCGUGGAGCGCGGGAUGAAGUUAACGAAGAAGAAGAUGAGUCCUAACGUGUUGGUGUUGAUUAGGGUUUUGAAGAAGCUUCUUGUUAUGCGGAGUUCAUCUCGGAGAUCGCCGGUGAAAACUCAUCCACGGUGAGGAGAGGGGGGGGUUGUUAGAAUUCACAAGUUUCGGGGCUUUUAUGGAGAAAGAAGAAAUAAUUUGUGUUUAAAACAAAGUUACAUUUGUCGUGUGGCUGGUUCUCAACAAUUAACUUUAGGUCCCUGAGUUUGAAGAACAUAUUUGGAUUUUGAAGAGUCUUUUUUGUUUGUUUGUUUCUUGUCUUUUUUCUCUUGCUUUCUGCGUGGGGUUUGGUCUGAAUAUGUAUGAAUUUUAUAAGGUGAAAAGUGUAAAAGGGUUAGAAUAAGAGGGUUCUCCUGGGUAUUUUUAUGUUUCAAACAAAGGAAAGUUAAAAGGUUUUUUUUUUUUUGGUAAAAUGUUAAAUAAAGUUAAAAGGUUUCCAAGGAAAGUAUUGUUAUUUUAUCAUUUUACCGCCAGAAAACUUUCAACUUAUUCUAUUUGAAACAUUCCAUUAGGUGUUGAUUUGAUAUUUGCCUUUUUAUGAUAGAUUUGAUAUCACUAAUAAAUGUGUGAUCGUACUGAUAGAUAUAGUACUUGUAAAUUCUCUAAUCAAUAGAAAGAUGUAUAUAUGGUAUAGCGCAUAUUCGUAAAACGAUUUUAUAAGUGAUAAUUAUAUUUGUAUUACGAGGAUUCAUGUAUGAUUGAAUCGCCUUAGAUCACUAUAUUAAAC